AAGAGGUGUCAGAGUGACUCAUCUUUCCAACUUUAACCUCUCUGAUGCUAGUUAAACACGGCUGGGACUUCACGCUUUCUAACUGGACGUCUCAGCAUUUUCAUUAAAGAGUGGGAAAAUGAGCAACCCAGAGGACCCUAAAGUGACAACAACACCACACAUAAUCAAAGAAGAGCUCUUGGCAGAAGGGAAGUGGGUGAAGCUGGAACAAACUACAUACAUUGAUCCUGCAGGAAACACCCGAAUCUGGGAGAGUGUGAAGCGGACAACCAGAAGGACCAAUACAGAAGCAGAUGGUGUAGGAAUCAUCGCGCUGCUGAAACGGACGCUCCAUAAAGACUGCGUAGUGAUGGUGAAGCAGUUCCGUCCUCCUCUGGGAUGCAGCACUCUGGAGUUUCCAGCAGGACUGAUCGAUGAAGGAGAAACAGCAGAGGCGGCAGCACUGAGGGAGCUGAAGGAAGAAACGGGCUACAAAGGGGAAGUAGUGGGAGUCACUCCAGUGACCUGCCUGGACCCUGGCCUGUCUAACUGCACCACCCAGAUCAUCCUGGUCAACAUUAAUGGAGACGAUGUGGAGAAUAUCCAUCCAACACAGCAGCUGGGUGACGGAGAGUUUGUUGAAGUUAUCCUUUUACCUCUUGAUGAGUUCCAGUCCAAAAUUGACGACCUGUUGCAGAAGGAAAAGAUCAUAGUGGACUCCAAAGUUUAUAUCUUUGCUAUGGGAAUGGUUCAGGCCUUCUUCAAGCCAAGGGAGCUGCCCGUCCUAAAGCAGUGACGGAAUCAUGAAUCACAUCCACAGGAAGACAUAGUCUUUGCUAUUACAAGUGCCUGGGAAAUUGAUGAUUUUCCAAUUCUGACUGGAAAGUUUUUUUGGGAAAAGUUUUAAAUCUAAAAUAAUCUGAUAUUCAUUAAAUAUUGGGUUUGUUAGUUUGACCUAAGCUGUAAAGAAAUAAUGGAAGUCAUUAAGUCUUUGGCUGAAAAAUAGAUUUACUAAAGGGGGUCUAAAUGCAUUAUCUCUUUGAUCUCAGUAGGAGAUACGAACAUCUCAAAGACCCUGAAGUGCUUUUCAUUCUCAACAUGAGAUAUGUUAAGACAGUUCUGCAUUCCUUGAGUGAUCACUAGUAACAUUCUUUUAUUGAUAUUAAACCAUUUUUAUGUAGUUUUCAGGAAACAUUCCUUAAUAUUUACUGACAUUAGGUUUAACCUUUUCAAAGAAUCUUGUUGAAGAGGCACCUUUGUUGCUAGAUUAGUUGUUAAGAGUGUAGAUGCUGCGUUAACAAUGUGAAAGAGUUUUUUACUCUUAUAAUGUAUGGUUAAGGUACUGCUGUAAUUAAAAGCCGACUGCUGCCAUACCUCCAACCGAGCUACAGUACUGUGUAAAGAGCUGAACUCAGUUACUGACCAGUGAAUAAAAGUGAUUCUACCUUUGUCGUGA